CUCACAAAUUUCAGAAAUAGUCUCUAACUUCUUCAAAGAAUAAUACACGAGCAGAACACUACCAGAGAGAGAGAGCCAAUGCGACAAAUGAGACCUAUAGACGGUUUUCUGUCUCACGUGCACAGAUCACUCUCCAGAAAAGCUAGAAAGGCCGAUAUCGUUGGAAGAGAUACAUACGAGACACUCAAGGAAACGAAACACAGCAAAGCGCCAGGCGUGGCGCCCACCAAGGCGAUGAAAAUGGCUGCCACCAUAGCCAGGAGUGAUGAGGAGAGAGAUCAGGAGAAAGCACCUGUUAUGGCUGCAGAGGCUGUAGAGGAGGACUUGGAUACAAAAAUGGAGCCUGCAACUCAACCUGCCCGGAGGAGCUCGCGCCCAGGCAAGGCCCCAAGAAAAGGGUUGGAUCUGGCAACAACACUAGAGAGAAUCAAUAAGAACUUUGUCAUUACGGACCCCCGUUUGCCAGACAACCCCAUUAUUUUUGCAUCUGAUAAUUUUCUGGAGCUUACCGAGUACUCAAGAGAAGAAAUUCUGGGCAAGAAUUGCAGCGGAUUUCAGUUUCCAGCUUUCCACUGUACCGAUGAGUUGAGAUCAGGAUUCCUCUUUCGUAAGAAGAACUUCGUCGAUGGUUUGUGUGCAUCUCCUCUUCCAUAUUAUCUACAAAGCGACUUUGCAAGCACUGCCUACUUGCCGCAUCUUAAGGGUGAUGCAUUAGACACAUAGGAAAACACAGGAAAAGGCUGGAGCGCACACAAAGUGAACAGCACAAAGAAAGUCCUUAAAACAAGAGGGAGUAAAGAAGUUCUAGAUAA